AUGCAUUUUGUGCCAUAUCAGCAGCAGCAACUGCAACAGCCGUAUCGCCCGAAUUUUGAGAUGCCUACUGCACCGAUGCGUCCACCAUCACAUGGAGCGAGUCGUUGUUCUAAUCGUGAUCGAACGAGCAGACGUUCAGGGCUUCCAUCCAGCAAAACGAUAUCCGAUUUCGCGCUUUCACCAUUUGCUGGUUUUGUUUCGAAGAAAGAACGCGAAUGGCUUAUCAAAAUCCAGCUGCUGCAAUGCCAGGGAUGUGGCAACCCAUAUGAAGAUGAUUUCUAUUUUACCGUUUGGCGGCAGAAGCAAAUAGCUUUGGAACGGCGGAAAAAAGGCUUAAAACCUGCAGCCGGCGAAGAGGGAGAUGAAUGCGAUUACGCAGUAAGCACUGCAAAUGCACAUCAUUAUGUCCCACCAACUUUUGUGGGCACACUUGGGAAACCAACGCUCUCCACUGUCAAUUAUCCAAGACAUUUAAUCGAUCUGUCAAACGACUCAACGGAUGAUGAUAAGCUUUCGAUGAAAAGCAGUGCAUCACAGAAGAAAUUGCGAGCGCUUCUAAACGAAUUGAGGGAUGGUAUCCAAAGUCGGUUGAAAGCAGUGAUUGAAAGUCUGUGCUCUAGUGAUCGCCUUCAGACAGUUUUGCUCAUCAACAAGGGACGACAAAUGUUCACACGUGCAUUAGCACUUGCUGAUGAAGAUCAGCGAGUGCUGCUGUUGAAAUAUUUUUUUACCGCUUUAACGAAUGCUUGGAAAAGAUUACCUACAAACGAGGUGUGUAUUUUUUUUGUGUCAAACACGAUAUUCUCAGAUUUUCGGCGUUUUGACAAGGGCGACCUCUUGGAGAGGAAGGAGUGA